AUGAGUUUAAAAACUACUUAUGAGGACUUGUAUAAUAUUUUAAACUCUCAAGGCAUUAAUUAAUUUAAAAGCAACUAAUAGACAAAACUUAAUAUUAGCACAAAUGAAAACAAUCUGAGCACUUAAAACGAAUCAGAUUAAAACACUCAACAAUAGUAGAAUUACAGCAAUAAGCUUUCAAUACCUAAUACAAAUAAAUUUAACAGAAAUUCGUUUGGAAUUGAUGAAAUAUUUUAUUCAUAUUAAAAGAGAUUCUAAAAUGUAUUUUAUUUGAUAGAGCAAAAGCUAAAUUUUUUAAAACACCAAGUUUUCUCAUUUAGGUCUUUGCAAAUCAAGGAUGCUUUAAGGUAGAAUAAAGAAUAACAAAAUAGCAUGCAUGAAUAAUCUAAUAUAUAGUGUAACAGCACAAAUCAAAACGGUGAAUCCGAACAAUUUAAGCUGUAGAUAAUUAGAAAAGAGAUAUGUAAAGAAAAUUUAAUAACAGAAAAGCAAGCGUUUGAAUAAAAUAUUUUGACGAAAUUGAAGGAAUUUUAUAACCAUUUUGUCUUUUUGUGUAAAUAAGAUUUAGACAUUAUUGAAGUCGAAUAGAAAGUCUUAAAAAAAUAUUUCUCUGUAAAGGCAGAUUCUGAAAAAUUGAAGAUGAUUGUAGUUAGCUUAACUAACUAAAUUAUUAGUGAGAAUUUUUUAAUUUACAAUAAUCUGCUUAAAUACAAAUUUCUCGUUGAGGCUAAUGAGUUUUUAUAAAAAUAAAUAUUGUUUAGAAAAAAACUGCAGGAAAUGAUUGCUGAUAAAAACCAGAUCUUGAAUUCUAUAAUUUUGUAUUUAAUUAACUUUUCUAGAUCAGCUUUUUUAUUUGAGAAGGAAUAAUCUGAAAAAAUAAUUGUUUAGAAGCUGCAGUACUACAAACAGCUAGAGUAAUAAAUCUAGCAAGUUGUUAAACAACAAUCAAUAUCACAAUCAUAAAAUAUAUUAGAUUCUUAGACAAACUAUAUGGGUAAUGCAUAGAAAGCUUAACAAUAUUGUAAUGCUUAACUAGAUAUAUGUAACACUGAGAAUAAUGUAUAAAAUAAUUUAGAAUCUCAGCUAAUAAAUGAUAUUAAUAGCGAAUACUAAAAAGAAAAAAAUAAGAAAUAAUGUAAUAACAAAUAAGCAUAAUAAUAGGAUAAUAAUAUGGUUUAAUCUUAUCAAUGCCAGUCACUUUCACCUAGAGUUCUUUAAAAUAACUCUUAACGCCCAUCCCUCUUUUUUAAGUAAAUAAAAAAUGAGAAAAACAUUAGCGAUAAUUAUGAUUUAUAUUCGCUGGCAAAUAAUUCUGAAAAUCAAAAGCAAAAAUAAGAUAUGAGAUGCAAUUAAAACUUUUCAAAUUUAAAUGAUUAACUAUCAAAGAUUUUCUUUGAUGAAAAUUAGAGUAACCAAAAUUGCAUGCUCUAGUAAGAUAAUUUAAUGAAGUAGGGCAGAAGUUAAAGUCUGUACAAUUAAAAGGCUUAAUAAGAGCCGUUUAAUAACUAAAUUGAAGAAAUAUUUGAUUAAAACAUUUUAAACAAUACCUAUAAAAAACAAUAAAAUAUAAAAUUUUAAACUUAAAAUUCAGGUCAUGAGAAUUUUUCAUUGUCACCUAUUUCUUCUAGUAGCAGGUCUUUUCUAAAGCUACCCAAACUUUAGCAACCUCUUUAAAUUUUAAAUUCUUUUGUAAAAAAAAUAAAUGAUAAUUCAUAGAAUGAGUCUCCUUAGACAAUACAUAAUAAUUUUAAUAAAAGAGAAAGUUUAGUACAUACUAAUGAAUCAGAAUCUUUUAUUGGUAAUUAAUAAACUAAUUUGAGUGAAAUUUAGACAAGCAAAAGUAUUAAUUUUGAUAAUUAGAUUUAUUAUUAAAAUGAACAAAGUAACCUUAAAGGUGGCAACCCUUCUAGCUCAAAGGAUUUUAAAAGUAGUUUGCAGCAUAAAGAGCUUUAUUUUUCUAAUCAGAGUUUUUAACAAACAUAAGCUUCUUCCACACCUUCCAUUUCAAAAAGCGAAUACUUCUUUUCUAUUUAAAGCUAAUUAAAAAAAACAGAUUUAAUAAAUAGCAAAGACUUUAGACGCUUAACAUUUACAGCUUCUAACCACUAUAAAAAAAAAUGGAAAAUUUAAUAAAAGUGUAACUUUGACGAUUACUCACAGUUAGAUUGUUAAUAUCAUCACCUCGCCUGUCAAUAAAUUUUAAAUUCAAUAGAAAUUUUAAAUGAUAAAAAAAUUUUUUUGGAAAAAAUGUAUACAAACUUGAUAAAAACUAAUUCUUACAUUUCUUAAUCAAUAAAAUCUUAUCUCUAACAAAUACCAAACAAAGUAAGAAAGAAUUCUUAUGCAAAAUCAAUUUAAUCUUUUCAAAAUAUUAAUGCUUCGUAACAAAAUGCUACUAAUGAGAGUAAAUUAAAUACUCCUGUUUAAGAUUGUAGCAUUAUAAUUAAAGUUAAUUAAAUGAACAAUAAAGCAUAAAUAAAUCAAAAUAACUCAGACACUCCUUCAAGAGCAAUAUAAAAUAAACCUUAUUCCAAUUUGCAAGUCAUUUAAAAAUCUUUUUCCAAUUCUGUUAUAAAAAUGUAAGCAAACAGUGAUUCUAACUCAAAAUAAAAUAAAAUAAAAACAAAUUAGGCCAAGCUUAUUAACUUAGCUGUGGUAACGACCCCAAAAAGUAAUUCUAGAUAAAGGCAACCAGGUGUGUAAAACUGCCUAAGUUUAGUUAAUUAAAGCGAAAGUCCUUUCUUCUCUAAAAGUUUUACCAAAAAAUUAAAUGAGGAAAUUUUACAAUAAAGCAACUUAAAAAAGUUCAGUGAUGAAACGUUCUUAGAACAAAAAACUAACGAAAAAUAAUAAUCGUUAUUGAUAACUAAAAGCAAUUCAGUUUUACUUAAAAAACAUUCAGACACUCUAAUCUCUGAAUCAUAAUCUGUUCAUCAAACAAAUUCACCAAAUACCAUAAAAAGUUUAAAAGAUAAAUUGAUAAGAAUUAAAACGAUUUUUGAUAAAUAACCGCCACCUCCUCCUACUAUAUAACAAAAAUAAAAACAAUUUUAAAAUUAGUAAUUAAAAAACAAUUAGGUAUAGUAGCAACAUAUGUCAAUUGAUGAUCUAAUUGAGCCUUUAAUCUUUAAAUAAAAUAUAUUUAACACUUAAGAAUUGCCUCUACAAUAAAAUGAUUAACAUUUUAAAAAACGAUAACAAUCACCAAAUAGCCUAAUGAAGUCUGCUACAACUAAUUCAAUUGAGUAAAUCAACUCAUUUAGCAAGAAUUCUCCCAAUUAGAGAAUUUAAUUUAUAUUUUUAAAAGAGCCAAACAACAAAUUGAAUUAAGGCUAGAAAGAAGCUAGCUAAGAUAUAAGAGUCUAAGCCUAAAAUGGAUAGUCCUCAACUCCUAGAAACCUAAAUAAUAAUAUGAUGAAUUUCUAUAGUAAUGCAAAUGCCAACAAUAGUAGUUUAAAGCUUUAAAACUAUAAAAGUAGUUUACAAAAUUUAUAAAUUUCACCAUAUCCAGUUAAAAAGUAAAAAAAUGAAAUUUAUAACAACCUUUAACCUAAAAACACUAAAAAUGAUUCAUUAAUAAUUAGUAGACAGUUUUCAGAAAAUAGUAUUCAAAAAAUGAGUGCUAAAAACUACUUAGAUAUUUCAUACAUACAAAUGAAUAGCUAAAAUAAUAACUUAAAAGAUGAUAACGAAGCAUUCAAAGAUUAGAAGUUUAACUAAAAUUUUAGAAAUAAGCUCUAGAUUUUUAAUAAAAAAUUAAACAAUUAAAAUAUUAAAUGA